AUAAAGCACCUUUGUCAAAGAGUCUUUUAUUAGUCCCAAGUGCCAUCUCAAUUCUAUUGACUCUGCUCUUCCAACAUUAUCAGAAGUUCUUUGCAUAUAACCUACAAGGUAUAAAAGAGGAUUUUCAGGUUUGGAGACUUGUAUGUGGGAGAACAAUAUGUCUUGAUUUGAAAGACACGUUCUGCAGCAGUCUGCUCAUUUACAACUUUAGAAUAUUUGAAAGAAGAUAUGGCAGCAGAAAAUUUUCAUCAUUUUUACUGGGCACUUGGAUGCUCUCAGCUUUAUUUGAUCUUCUCCUUGUAGAAGUUGCUCAGUAUAUGUUUGGCAUCACCAUCAACAGCUUGCCUUCUGGUUUCUUGGGUCCUGUGUUUGCACUGUUUGUACCAUUUUAUUCCUCCAUUCCAAGAGUGCAGGUUGCACAAGUAUUUGGCCACUUUCCUAUCACAAACAAGACACUGGUCUACAUACUGGGUUUACAGCUCUUAACCUCUGGUUCCUACAUCUGGAUUUUAGCCGUAAGUGGAUUGGUUUCUGGGAUUUGCUACAAUAGCAGUAUAUUAAAAGUUCAUCGAAUUCUUUGUGUACCCAACUGGGUAGCAAAGAUAUUUUCUUGGACUCUUGAACCAAUCUUCUCAUCCGCGGAACCAACAAAUGAAGUUCGAGUGGGAAUGGGAGCAACAGUUGACAUCCAGAGGCAGCAGAGAAUGGAGUUGCUGGAUCGUCAGAUCAUGAUGUCUCAGGUUGCCCAAAUGAGGCGGCAAAGGCAGCAGCAGGGUGGGAUGAUUAACUGGAACAGGCUGUUUCCUCCGUUACGCCCCAGGCAUAAUGCGAAUUACCAGGAUCAUCGCCCACCUGAACAAGACACUCCUCCACCUACCGAGGUGUCUGAAGAGCAGGUUGCACGUCUUAUGGAAAUGGGAUUUUCCAGGGGAGAUGCUCUGGAAGCUCUGAGGGCUUCAAAUAAUGACUUAAAUGUAGCCACUAAUUUUCUACUGCAGCACUGA